CAAGAUAUAGAUUACAGUUGAUAUAAUUUGAUAAUAUAAGGAUUUGGAAAUCGAAAUUAUUAUUCAGUUUAAUUCCUUUGUGAUAAAGCGCGAGAAACGACGUGUGUUGACAUUAGUUUAGUUAAUUUAUUUAAUAGUGUACUAUUAGUAUAAAUUGCGGUAAUAAUACUAAAAGAUUCUCAUUAUUACACAAAAAAAACUCAAAAAAUAUUUGUAAAAUAGUAAAAGUAAAUUAAUAUAUUUAUUUUUAUCAAACGUAUCAGUUGUAACAGGAACCGUGAGUUUCUAAUCAGCCUAAAGUGUUUUAGCGUUCAUGUAAAAAAAAUUGUAGAUAUUUUUCCGGUGACGCGUUUUGAUUUUGUGAUAGUAAUAUAAGCGGCUGAUAUAAUCACCGAUACGUGCCAAUUAAAUUUAAUUGAUUUACAUAAACGGGUAAAUAAACAUCGGUAAACGAGAGUGCGGGGAAUAAAAAAAUAUUUUCGAUAAAGUGCAGCCCUUAGUGGCGAAGUGAUGUUACCUAUUAUUAUUUUGGAAAAAUAAUAAUACUAAUUUGUUUAUUUAUUUGUGAUCUGAGAAUUAUAGUUUAAGAUAUGUACAAAGCUAUCAUAUUUUUGACGUUGAUAGCUGCGUCAUCAGCCCAGUACUUGCCCAAUGGCUGCCCAUCAGACUUCCAUGUCCACCUUCUCCUGCCACAUGAAACAGACUGCUCAAAGUACUACAGUUGUAGUAAUGGCAACAAAAUUGAAAUGAAAUGCGCGCCCGGCACACUCUUCGACGUCAAUUUACAAGUGUGCAAUUGGCCGUUUGCAGUCGAUUGUCGAAAUCGUCCAUCAAGUCCAUCAACAUCAUCAACAACAACAUCAUCAACAACAACAACAACUCGGCCACCUUCGCCACCCAUAGAGGUGUUGCCCAACGGUUGUCCAGUUGACUUCAGCAUCCAUUACCUGUUGCCCCACGAGACAGACUGUGGAAGGUUCUACUCUUGCAGCAAUGGACAGAAAAUUGAACAACCAUGCGCUCCGGGAACGUUGUUCGAUUAUAAACUUCAAGGAUGUGUAAUAGCACAAGUGGCAACAUGUCACCCAGGAGCAACAACUUCAUCAACAACAACAUCAACAACAACAACACCUUCGUCAACAACAUCACAGAAGCCCACGGAUCUCUUGCCAAAUGGAUGUCCAGUGGACUUCAGUAUAAAUUACUUGCUACCUCACGAAACGGAUUGUUCUAAGUACUACAGUUGCAGCAAUGGAGAGAAAAUUUUGAUGCCUUGCGCGCCAGGAACGUGGUUCGAUUACGAUUUGCAGGGAUGCGAUCACAUAUACUUGGUGAACUGCACUCUGGGAUCUACAACCACUACAUCAACUGCAGCCCCAACAACACCUGAAGAUCAAACAACACCAGACGACCCAAUAACAGUUACUGUGGGACCAACAACCACAACAACAACUACAGAAUCGCCUGGAUUCCUUCCCAACGGCUGCCCAGCAGACUUCACAGUCGACCAUUUAUUACCACAUGAAUCUGACUGCGCAAAAUUCUACAGUUGCGUCCACGGUCAAAAAGUUGAAAUGGACUGUGCGCCUGGAACUUGGUUCGACUUCCAAUUACAAUACUGUAGUUGGCCGUUCAUGGUGCAGUGUAACGUAACUAGCACAACAUCAACAACAACAACAACAACGACUCCAACAACAAUAACGGUUACUGAAGAUCCAAAUACGCCUUCAACGUCUCCUGACGAGCCUACAGUUACAGAGACAAUCGCUCCCAUAACAACAACUGCGGGGCCCACUGUCACAGAACCGGAUGCUCCCACAACAACAACUGCGGGGCCCACUGUCACAGAACCGGAUGCUCCCACAACAACACCUGACGAGCCCACUGUCACAGAACCGGAUGCUCCCACAACAACAACUGCGGGGCCCACUGUUACAGAACCUGACGCUCCCACAACAACACCUAACGAGCCCACUGUCACAGAACCGGAUGCUCCCACAACAACAACUGUGGGGCCCACUGUUACAGAACCUGACGCUCCCACAACAUCACCUAACGAGCCCACUGUCACAGAACCUGACGGUCCCACAACAUCACCUGCGGGGCCCACUGUUACAGAAACGGACACUCCGAUUACAAUAACUCAGGGGCCCACUGUCACAGAACCUGACGGUCCCACAACAUCACCUGCGGGGCCCACUGUUACAGAAACGGACGCUCCCAUAACAAUUACUCAAGAGCCACCUUCAACGCCAGACGACCCAACCACAGUAACUGCACCAACAACAACAACAGAAACGCCUGAAUUCCUGCCCAACGGCUGUCCAGCGGAUUUCUCAGUAGAUCUUUUAUUACCACAUGAGUCGGAUUGUGCGAAAUUCUAUAGUUGUGUCCACGGCCAGAAAGUCGAAAUGGAUUGCGCGCCCGGCACAUGGUUUGAUUUCCAAUUGCAGUACUGCAGUUGGCCGUUCAUGGUGCAAUGCAACGUGACGACAACGACAACCACUUCAACAACAACUACUACUACGGAGGUACCAAUCACAAUUACCGAUGAGCCAAGUACAACCACAUACACUCCUUCUACAUCCACUGACGGGCCCACUGUAACCGUUACUGAUGCACCCACAACAACAACCGAAGGACCUACAGAGACCCCACCACCAACAACUGAAGGUCCCACAGAUACCCCUUCAACAGCAACUGAAGGACCUACAGAGACCGCCUCAACAACAACUGACGGGCCUACUGUAACCGUUACAGAUGCACCCACAAUAACAACUGAAGGACCCAUAGAAACCACGUCAACAACAACUGAAGGACCUACAGAGACCCCCUCAACAACUGACGGGCCCACUGUAACCGUAACUGAUACACCCACAACAACAACUGAAGGAACUACAGAGACCCCAUCAACUACAACUGAAGAACCGACAGAGACCCCCUCAACAACAACUGACGGCCCCACUGUAACCGUUACUGAUGGACCCACAACAACAACUGAAGGAACUACAGAGAUCCCAUCAACUACAACUGAAGAACCGACAGAGACCCCCUCAACAACAACUGACGGGCCCACUGUAACCGUUACUGAUGCACCCACAAUAACAACUGAAGGGCCCAUAGAGACCACGUCAACAACAACUGAAGGACCUACAGAGACCCCCACAACAACAACUGAAGGACCGACAGAGAUCCCCUCAACAACAACUGACGGGCCCACAAUAACAGUACCUGAUGAACCCACUACAACAACUGACGCCCCUACAGAUACCACCUCAACAACAACUGAAGGACCUACAGAGACUCCCUCAACAACAACUGACGGGCCCACAAUGACAGUACCUGAUACACCUACAAUAACAACUGAAGGCCCUACAGAGACCCCCUCAACAACAACUGACGGGCCCACUGUUACCGUUACUGAUGCACCCACAACAACAACUGAAGGGCCCAUAGAGACCACGUCAACAAUAACUGAAGGACCUACAGAGACCCCCUCAACAACAACUGACGGGCCCACUGUAACCGUUACUGAUGCACCCACAACAACAACUGAAGGGCCCAUAGAGACCACGUCAACAACAACUGAAGGACCUACAGAGACCCCAUCACCAACAACUGAAGGUCCCACAGAUACCCCUUCAACAACAACUGGAAAACCUACAGAGACCCCCUCAACAACAACUGACGGGCCCACUGUAACCGUUACUGAUACACCCACAACAACAACUGAAGGACCUACAGAGAUCCCAUCAACAACAACAGACGGGACCACAGUAACAGUAACUGAUGCACCCACAACAACGACGGAAGGCCCUACAGAUAUCCCCUCAACAACAACUGAAGGUCCUUCAGAGACCCCCUCAACAACAACUGAUGGCCCCACUGUUACCGUUACUGAUGCAUCUACAACAACAACUGAAGGCCCUACAGAUACACCCUCAACAACAACUGAAGGACCUACAGAGACCCCCUCAACAACAACUGAAGGACCUACAGAGACCCCCUCAACAACAACUGACGGGCCCACUGUAUCUACAGAAACACAAGAGCCUACAACACUUGAUCCCAUAACAUGGGAUCCAUCAACAGAAACACCAACAACCGCACACACACCUUCAACAAUUGAUCCAAACACUACAAAUGCACCAACAACGACAUAUGUUCCGUCAACUGAUGCACCAACAACGACAUAUGUUCCAUCAACUGACGCACCAACAACGACAUACGAACCAUCUACCGACGCUCCAACUACAUUAGUACCGUCAACUGAUGCACCAACAACCACGUAUGUUCCAACAACUGAUGCACCAACAACGACAUAUGUUCCGUCAACUGAUGCACCAACAACGACAUAUGUUCCAUCAACUGACGCACCAACAACGACAUAUGUUCCAUCAACUGAUGCACCAACAACGACAUAUGUUCCAUCAACUGAUGCACCAACAACGACAUAUGAACCAUCAACUGACGCACCAACAACUACAACUGCACCAACAACAACGUAUGUUCCAACAACUGAUGCACCAACAACGACAUAUGUUCCGUCAACUGAUGCACCAACAACGACGUAUGUUCCAACAACUGAUGCACCAACAACCACGUAUGUUCCGUCAACUGAUGCACCAACAACAACAUAUGUUCCAACAACAGAUGCACCGACAACGACAUACGAACCAUCAACUGACGCUCCAACUACAUUAGUACCGUCAACUGACGCACCCACAACUACAACUGCACCAACAACCACGUAUGUUCCAACAACUGAUGCACCAACAACGACAUAUGUUCCGUCAACUGAUGCACCAACAACGACAUAUGAACCACCAACUGACGCUCCAACUACAUUAGUACCGUCAACUGACGCACCCACAACUACAACUGCACCAACAACGACAUAUGUUCCGUCAACUGAUGCACCAACAACGACAUAUGAACCAUCAACUGACGCUCCAACUACAUUAGUACCGUCAACUGACGCACCCACAACUACAACUGCACCAACAACCACGUAUGUUCCGUCAACUGAUGCACCAACAACGACAUAUGAACCACCAACUGACGCUCCAACUACAUUAGUACCGUCAACUGACGCACCCACAACUACAACUGCACCAACAACCACGUAUGUUCCGUCAACUGAUGCACCAACAACGACAUAUGUUCCGUCAACUGAUGCACCAACAACGACAUAUGAACCAUCAACUGACGCUCCAACUACAUUAGUACCGUCAACUGAUGCACCCACAACUACAACUACACCAACAACCACGUAUGUUCCGUCAACUGAUGCACCAACAACCACGUAUGUUCCAUCAACUGACGCACCAACAACGACAUAUGUUCCGUCAACUGAUGCACCAACAACUACAAAUGCACCAACAACGACAUAUGUUCCAACAACUGAUGCACCAACAACGACAUACGAACCAUCAACUGACGCUCCAACUACAUUAGUACCGUCAACUGACGCACCCACAACUACAACUGCACCAACAACGACAUAUGUUCCGUCAACUGAUGCACCAACAACAACAUAUGUUCCAACAACUGAUGCACCAACAACGACAUACGAACCAUCAACUGAUGCUCCAACUACAUUAGUACCGUCAACUGAUGCACCCACAACUACAACUGCACCAACAACCACGUAUGUUCCAACAACUGAUGCACCAACAACCACGUAUGUUCCGUCAACUGAUGCACCAACAACGACAUAUGUUCCGUCAACUGACGCUCCAACUACAUUAGUACCGUCAACUGAUGCACCCACAACUACAACUGCACCAACAACGACAUAUGUUCCAUCAACUGAUGCACCAACAACAACAUAUGUUCCAACGACUAAUGCACCAACAACUACAAAUGCACCAACAACGACGUAUGUUCCAACAACUGAUGCACCAACAACGACGUACGAACCAUCAACUGACGCUCCAACUACAUUAGUACCGUCAACUGAUGCACCCACAACUACAACUGCACCAACAACCACGUAUGUUCCAACAACUGAUGCACCAACAACAACAUAUGUUCCAACGACUAAUGCACCAACAACUACAAAUGCACCAACAACGACAUAUGUUCCAACAACUGAUGCACCAACAACGACAUAUGUUCCUACAACUGAUGCACCAACAACGACGUACGAACCAUCAACUGACGCUCCAACAACGACAUAUGUUCCAUCAACUGACGCGUCAACAACAACAUAUGUUCCGUCAACUGAUGCACCAACAACGACAUAUGUUCCAUCAACUGACGCGUCAACAACUACAUAUGUUCCGUCAACUGAUGCACCCACAACUACAACUGCACCAACAACCACGUAUGUUCCAACAACUGAUGCACCAACAACCACGUAUGUUCCGUCAACUGAUGCACCCACAACUACAACUGCACCAACAACCACGUAUGUUCCAACUACUGAUGCACCAACAACGACAUAUGUUCCAUCAACUGACGCGUCAACAACUACAUAUGUUCCAACAACUGAUGCACCAACAACGACAUAUGGUCCAUCAACUGAUGCACCAACAACGACAUAUGUUCCAACAACUGAUGCACCAACAACGACAUAUGGUCCAUCAACUGAUGCUCCAACUACAUUAGUACCGUCAACUGAUGCACCCACAACUACAACUACACCAACAACCACGUAUGUUCCGUCAACUGAUGCACCAACAACGACAUAUGUUCCGUCAACUGAUGCACCAACAACGACAUUUGAACCAUCAACUAACGCUCCAACUACAUUAGUACCGUCAACUGACGCACCCACAACUACAACUGCACCAACAACGACAUAUGUUCCGUCAACUGAUGCACCAACAACAACAUAUGUUCCAACAACUGAUGCACCAACAACGACAUAUGUUCCAUCAACUGAUGCACCAACAACGACAUAUGUUCCAUCAACUGACGCACCAACAACGACAUAUGUUCCAUCAACUGACGCGUCAACAACUACAUAUGUUCCGUCAACUGAUGCACCAACAACGACAUAUGAACCAUCAACUGAUGCACCAACAACGACAUAUGUUCCAUCAACUGACGCACCAACAACGACAUAUGAACCAUCAACUGAUGCACCAACAACCACGUAUGUUCCAUCAACUGAUGCACCAACAACGACAUAUGAACCAUCAACUGAUGCACCCACAACGACAUAUGUUCCGUCAACUGAUGCACCAACUACGACAUAUGAACCAUCAACUGAUGCACCAACAACGACAUAUGUUCCAUCAACUGACGCUCCAACUACAUUAGUACCGUCAACUGAUGCACCCACAACUACAACUACACCAACAACCACGUAUGUUCCGUCAACUGAUGCACCAACAACGACAUAUGAACCAUCAACUGAUGCACCAACAACCACGUAUGUUCCAUCAACUGAUGCACCAACAACGACAUAUGAACCAUCAACUGAUGCACCAACAACCACGUAUGUUCCGUCAACUGAUGCACCAACAACGACAUAUGAACCAUCAACUGAUGCACCCACAACGACAUAUGUUCCGUCAACUGAUGCACCAACUACGACAUAUGAACCAUCAACUGAUGCUCCAACUACAUUAGUACCGUCAACUGAUGCACCCACAACUACAACCGCACCAACAACCACGUAUGUUCCAACAACUGAUGCACCAACAACGACAUAUGGUCCAUCAACUGAUGCACCAACAACGACAUAUGUUCCAUCAACUGACGCACCAACAACGACAUAUGUUCCAUCAACUGACGCGUCAACAACUACAUAUGUCCCGUCAACUGAUGCACCCACACCUACAACUACACCAACAACCACGUAUGUUCCGUCAACUGAUGCACCAACAACGACAUAUGUUCCGUCAACUGAUGCACCAACAACGACAUUUGAACCAUCAACUAACGCUCCAACUACAUUAGUACCGUCAACUGACGCACCCACAACUACAACUGCACCAACAACGACAUAUGUUCCAUCAACUGACGCGUCAACAACUACAUAUGUUCCGUCAACUGAUGCACCCACAACUACAACUACACCAACAACCACGUAUGUUCCGUCAACUGAUGCACCAACAACGACAUAUGAACCAUCAACUGAUGCACCAACAACCACGUAUGUUCCGUCAACUGAUGCACCAACUACGACAUAUGAACCAUCAACUGACGCUCCAACUACAUUAGUACCGUCAACUGAUGCACCCACAACUACAACCGCACCAACAACCACGUAUGUUCCAACAACUGAUGCACCAACAACGACAUAUGGUCCAUCAACUGAUGCACCAACAACGACAUAUGUUCCAUCAACUGACGCACCAACAACGACAUAUGUUCCAUCAACUGACGCGUCAACAACUACAUAUGUUCCGUCAACUGAUGCACCCACAACUACAACUACACCAACAACCACGUAUGUUCCGUCAACUGAUGCACCAACAACGACAUAUGUUCCAACAACUGAUGCACCAACAACGACAUACGAACCAUCAACUGACGCUCCAACUACAUUAGUACCGUCAACUGACGCACCCACAACUACAACUGCACCAACAACCCCGUAUGUUCCGUCAACUGAUGCACCAACAACGACAUAUGAACCAUCAACUGACGCUCCAACUACAUUAGUACCGUCAACUGAUGCACCCACAACUACAACUGCACCAACAACGACAUAUGUUCCAUCAACUGAUGCACCAACAACAACAUAUGUUCCAUCAACUGACGCUCCAACUACAUUAGUACCGACAACUGAUGCACCCACAACUACAACUGCUUCAACAACGACAUAUGUUCCAUCAACUGAUGCACCAACAACGACAUAUGUUCCGUCAACUGAUGCACCAACAACGACAUAUGUUCCAUCAACUGACGCUCCAACUACAUUAGUACCGUCAACUGAUGCACCCACAACUACAACUGCACCAACAACGACAUAUGUUCCAUCAACUGAUUCACCAACAACCACGUAUGUUCCGUCAACUGAUGCACCAACAACGACAUAUGUUCCGUCAACUGAUGCACCAACAACUACAAAUGCACCAACAACGACAUAUGAACCAUCAACUGACGCUCCAACUACAUUAGUACCGUCAACUGACACACCAACAUCUACAAAUGCACCAGAAACUACAUAUGAACCAUCAACUGAUGCACCAACAACCACGUAUGUUCCGUCAACUGAUGCACCAACAACGACAUAUGAACCAUCAACUGACGCUCCAACUACAUUAGUACCGUCAACUGAUGCACCCACAACUACAACUGCACCAACAACCACGUAUGUUCCAACAACUGAUGCACCAACAACGACAUAUGUUCCGUCAACUGAUGCACCAACAACCACGUAUGUUCCAUCAACUGAUGCACCAACAACGACAUAUGUUCCGUCGACUGAUGCACCAACAACAACAUAUGUUCCAACAACUGAUGCACCAACAACGACAUAUGAACCAUCAACUGACGCUCCAACUACAUUAGUACCGUCAACUGACGCACCCACAACUACAACUGCACCAACAACUACGUAUGUUCCGUCAACUGAUGCACCAACAACGACGUACGAACCAUCAACUGACGCUCCAACUACAUUAGUACCGUCAACUGAUGCACCCACAACUACAACUGCACCAACAACCACGUAUGUUCCAACAACUGAUGCACCAACAACUACAACUGCACCAACAACGACAUAUGUUCCGUCAACUGAUGCACCAACAACUACAAAUGCACCAACAACUGAUGCACCAACAACGACAUACGAACCAUCAACUGACGCUCCAACUACAUUAGUACCGUCAACUGACGCACCCACAACGACAUAUGUUCCGUCAACUGAUGCACCAACUACGACAUAUGAACCAUCAACUGAUGCUCCAACUACAUUAGUACCGUCAACUGAUGCACCCACAACUACAACUGCACCAACAACCACGUAUGUUCCAACAACUGAUGCACCAACAACGACAUAUGGUCCAUCAACUGAUGCACCAACAACGACAUAUGUUCCGUCAACUGAUGCACCAACAACGACAUUUGAACCAUCAACUAACGCUCCAACUACAUUAGUACCGUCAACUGACGCACCCACAACUACAACUGCACCAACAACGACAUAUGUUCCGUCAACUGAUGCACCAACAACAACAUAUGUUCCAACAACUGAUGCACCAACAACGACAUAUGUUCCAUCAACUGAUGCACCAACAACGACAUAUGUUCCAUCAACUGACGCACCAACAACGACAUAUGUUCCAUCAACUGCCGCGUCAACAACUACAUAUGUUCCGUCAACUGAUGCACCAACAACGACAUAUGAACCAUCAACUGAUGCACCAACAACGACAUAUGUUCCAUCAACUGACGCACCAACAACGACAUAUGUUCCGUCAACUGAUGCACCAACAACGACAUACGAACCAUCGACUGACGCUCCAACUACAUUAGUACCGUCAACUGAUGCACCCACAACUACAACUACACCAACAACCACGUAUGUUCCGUCAACUGAUGCACCAACAACGACAUAUGAACCAUCAACUGAUGCACCAACAACCACGUAUGUUCCGUCAACUGAUGCACCAACAACGACAUAUGAACCAUCAACUGACGCUCCAACUACAUUAGUACCGUCAACUGAUGCACCCACAACUACAACUGCACCAACAACCACGUAUGUUCCAACAACUGAUGCACCAACAACGACAUAUGAACCAUCAACUGAUGCACCAACAACCACGUAUGUUCCGUCAACUGAUGCACCAACAACGACAUAUGAACCAUCAACUGACGCUCCAACUACAUUAGUACCGUCAACUGAUGCACCCACAACUACAACUGCACCAACAACCACGUAUGUUCCAACAACUGAUGCACCAACAACGACAUAUGUUCCGUCAACUGAUGCACCAACAACCACGUAUGUUCCAUCAACUGAUGCACCAACAACGACAUAUGUUCCGUCAACUGAUGCACCAACAACAACAUAUGUUCCAACAACUGAUGCACCAACAACGACAUACGAACCAUCAACUGACGCUCCAACUACAUUAGUACCGUCAACUGACGCACCCACAACUACAACUGCACCAACAACCACGUAUGUUCCGUCAACUGAUGCACCAACAACGACAUAUGAACCAUCAACUGACGCUCCAACUACAUUAGUACCGUCAACUGAUGCACCCACAACUACAACUGCACCAACAACGACAUAUGUUCCAUCAACUGAUGCACCAACAACAUUAGUACCGACAACUGAUGCACCCACAACUACAACUGCUUCAACAACGACAUAUGUUCCAUCAACUGAUGCACCAACAACGACAUAUGUUCCGUCAACUGAUGCACCAACAACGACAUAUGUUCCAUCAACUGAUGCACCAACAACAACAUAUGUUCCAUCAACUGACGCUCCAACUACAUUAGUACCGUCAACUGAUGCACCCACAACUACAACUGCACCAACAACGACAUAUGUUCCAUCAACUGAUUCACCAACAACCACGUAUGUUCCGUCAACUGAUGCACCAACAACGACAUAUGUUCCGUCAACUGAUGCACCAACAACUACAAAUGCACCAACAACGACAUAUGAACCAUCAACUGACGCUCCAACUACAUUAGUACCGUCAACUGACACACCAACAUCUACAAAUGCACCAGAAACUACAUAUGAACCAUCAACUGAUGCACCAACAACCACGUAUGUUCCGUCAACUGAUGCACCAACAACGACAUAUGAACCAUCAACUGAUGCUCCAACUACAUUAGUACCGUCAACUGAUGCACCCACAACUACAACUGCACCAACAACCACGUAUGUUCCAACAACUGAUGCACCAACAACGACAUAUGUUCCGUCAACUGAUGCACCAACAACCACGUAUGUUCCAUCAACUGAUGCACCAACAACGACAUAUGUUCCGUCGACUGAUGCACCAACAACAACAUAUGUUCCAACAACUGAUGCACCAACAACGACAUAUGAACCAUCAACUGACGCUCCAACUACAUUAGUACCGUCAACUGACGCACCCACAACUACAACUGCACCAACAACUACGUAUGUUCCGUCAACUGAUGCACCAACAACGACGUACGAACCAUCAACUGACGCUCCAACUACAUUAGUACCGUCAACUGAUGCACCCACAACUACAACUGCACCAACAACCACGUAUGUUCCAACAACUGAUGCACCAACAACUACAACUACACCAACAACGACAUAUGUUCCGUCAACUGAUGCACCAACAACUACAAAUGCACCAACAACUGAUGCACCAACAACGACAUACGAACCAUCAACUGACGCUCCAACUACAUUAGUACCGUCAACUGACGCACCCACAACGACAUAUGUUCCGUCAACUGAUGCACCAACUACGACAUAUGAACCAUCAACUGAUGCUCCAACUACAUUAGUACCGUCAACUGAUGCACCCACAACUACAACUGCACCAACAACCACGUAUGUUCCAACAACUGAUGCACCAACAACGACAUAUGGUCCAUCAACUGAUGCACCAACAACGACAUAUGUUCCAUCAACUGACGCACCAACAACGACAUAUGUUCCAUCAACUGACGCGUCAACAACUACAUAUGUUCCGUCAACUGAUGCACCCACAACUACAACUACACCAACAACAACAUAUGUUCCAACAACUGAUGCACCAACAACGACAUAUGUUCCAUCAACUGAUGCACCAACAACGACAUAUGUUCCAUCAACUGACGCACCAACAACGACAUAUGUUCCAUCAACUGACGCGUCAACAACUACAAAUGUUCCGUCAACUGAUGCACCAACAACGACAUAUGAACCAUCAACUGACGCUCCAACUACAUUAGUACCGUCAACUGAUGCACCCACAACUACAACUACUCCAACAACCACGUAUGUUCCGUCAACUGAUGCACCAACAACGACAUAUGAACCAUCAACUGACGCUCCAACUACAUUAGUACCGUCAACUGAUGCACCCACUACUACAACUGCACCAACAACAACGUAUGUUCCACCAACUGAUUCACCAACAACUACAUAUUUCCCUUCAACUGACGCACCAACAACUACAAAUGCACCAACAACGACAUAUGUUCCGUCAACUGAUGCACCAACAACGACAUAUGUACCAUCAACUGAUGCACCAACAACGACAUAUGUUCCAUCAACUGAUGCACCAACAACGACAUAUGAACCAUCAACUGACGCACCAACAACGACAUAUGUUCCAUCAACUGAUGCACCAACAACGACAUAUGAACCAUCAACUGAUGCACCCACAACUACAACUGCACCAACAACCACGUAUGUUCCGUCAACUGAUGCACCAACAACGACAUAUGUUCCGUCAACUGACGCUCCAACUACAUUAGUACCGUCAACUGAUGCACCCACAACUACAACUGCACCAACAACAACGUAUGUUCCAUCAACUGAUGCACCAACAACGACAUAUGGACCAUCAACUGACGCUCCAACUACAUUAGUACCGUCAACUGAUGCACCCACAACUACAACUGCACCAACAACCACGUUUGUUCCAACAACUGAUGCACCAACAACCACGUAUGUUCCGUCAACUGAUGCACCAACAACGACAUAUGUUCCGUCAACUGACGCUCCAACUACAUUAGUACCGUCAACUGAUGCACCCACAACUACAACUGCACCAACAACGACAUAUGUUCCAUCAACUGAUGCACCAACAACAACAUAUGUUCCAACGACUAAUGCACCAACAACUACAAGUGCACCAACGACUACGUAUGUACCGUCAACUGACGCAUCCACAACCACAUAUGUUCCGUCAACUGACGCCUCAACAACUACAAAUGCACCGACAACGACAUAUGUUCCGUCAACUGACGCACCAACAACUACAUUAGUACCUUCAACUGAUGCAUCAACAACUACAAACGCACCAACAACGACAUAUUUACCUUCAACAACUGACGAGACACAGGGACCAACAACAACGGGACAGCCGACAUCAACAACUGUUGUAGAUCAGACAACAACGGAAACUUCGACAACAGUGGAAGAUGAGUACAAUCCUUGUCCUCCGGAUGUAUACGGAAAUGUUCCCCAUCCAGAAGAAUGCAAUGCUUUCUAUUUGUGCGUUAGCGGAGUUGCAGUUAAAUUGUAUUGCGCAAGUGGAUACGAAUUCGACGCCUCGGUCGGGAACUGUGUUGCCAUUGCACCUGGCGGUUGUACUUUGGGUUCAAGCACAGACUCAACAAUAUCUACCACCGAAAUCUCCACUACACCUAUCGGUACCACUGACAUUUCUAUAACAACCACGGCAGCGCCUGAAAUAUGUCCUAUAGGAGUGUGGGGCAAUGUGCCUCAUCCAACUCUGUGCAACUCAUUUUACAUGUGCGCAGCGGGACAAGCGAUUCAACUGUUCUGUAGUGACGGAUUCGAGUUCGACCCCAACGUUGGUACUUGCGUUCUCAUCGCCGAAGGAGGCUGCACAAUGAGCCAAACUACAACUCUAGCACCGACUACUGUCACGCAAACAACAACCACAGUGGACCCCAACUGUCCCCCGGGCACUUGGGGCAAUGUUCCUCAUCCAGAACUGUGCAACUCAUUCUACCUGUGCACAGGUGGACACGCAAUACAACUGUUCUGUAGCGAAGGCUUUGAGUUCGAUCCUGAAGUAAAGGCAUGCGUGGUGAUAGCCGAAGGUGGUUGUACCCUCGGCUCGGGUUCUACCACAGGACCAGUCACUACACCGGACGGCUUCCCAUCGACUACUACUAUGCAGACGACGACGGAUAGCAACGGAGUAACCGGCUCAACUCCUAACAGUAGUGAGGAAACGACCACUCCUGGUUCUACCACUGUUAAUGACGAAGGGACGACCACAGAUGGAAUCACCACUCUUGGGUCUACCACUGUGAGUGAUGAAGUAACAACCCCAGACGGAACCACCACUCCUGGGUCUACCACUGUAAGUGAUGAAGUAACGACCCCAGACGGAACCACCACUCCUGGGUCUACAACUGUGAGUGAUGAAGUAACGACUCCAGACGGAACCACCACUCCUGGGUCUACCACUGUGAGUGAUGAAGUAACAACCCCGGACGGAACCACCACUCCUGGGUCUACCACUGUGAGUGAUGAAGUAACGACUCCAGACGGAAUCACCACUCCUGUGUCUACCACUGUGAGUGAUGAAGUAACGACUCCAGAUGAAACCACCACUCCUGGGUCUACCACUGUGAGUGAUGAAGUAACAACCCCGGACGGAACCACCACUCCUGAGUCUACCACUGUGAGUGAUGAAGUAACGACUCCAGACGGAACCACCACUCCUGUGUCUACCACUGUGAGUGAUGAAGUAACGACUCCAGAUGGAACCACCACUCCUGGGUCUACCACUGUGAGUGAUGAACUAACAACCCCGGACGGAACCACCACUCCUGGGUCUACCACUGUGAGUGAUGAAGUAACGACUCCAGACGGAACCACCACUCCUGGGUCUACAACUGUGAGUGAUGAAGUAACGACUCCAGACGAAACCACCACUCCUGGGUCUACAACUGUGAGUGAUGAAGUAACGACUCCAGACGGAACCACCACUCCUGGGUCUACCACUGUGAGUGAUGAAGUAACGACCCCAGACGGAACCACCAGUCCUGGGUCUACCACUGUGAGUGAUGAAGUAACGACUCCAGAUGGGAUUACUACAUCUACUCAAACCCCGUCUACUACUGAUGGUUACUCAGACUCCACAUCAUCUUCAACCACGCAAGAUGGGGAAACUACAACCGAACCUGGAAUGACUACACCCGAUAACUCAUUAGGAUCUGAAAGUACGCCCAAUGAUGAUGACACUACGCCAGCUUUGUCAACUACCACGGUAGCGGCAGACAAAGACCCGUGUCCUGAAGGUGUCUUCGGCAAUGUUGCCAAUCCAGAAAGCUGCAAUUCAUACUUCUUAUGUGUGAACGGACAAGCUAUACCUUUCACUUGCGCUGAUGGACUUGAAUUUGAUCCUAACGCACAGACAUGCGUGAUUAUAGCUGAAGGUGGAUGUACUCUGGGUUCUACCACAACACCUGGUGACAUUACUGAGGCACCAACAACCAAUGAAGACAAUAAUUCUGGCACAACUCCUGGAAUCUUGACAAGCUCAACCCCAGCAUUGAACGAAUCGAUUUGUUUAGGAGUUUUCGGAACUGUAGCGCAUCCAGAGCUGUGCGACUCAUUCUUUGUUUGCAAUGGAGAUAAACCUAUGCAGCUCUUCUGUGUUGACGGAUACGAAUACGAUCCUGAGACAAAGGGCUGCGUAUUGAUCGCCGAGGGAGGCUGCACGCUAAAAUCCACCACUACAACAGAAGCUGCUCCGAUUACUGAGGCGCCAUUGUGCGCAGAAGGCCAGUAUGGUAACAUACCACACCCAGAACUGUGCAACUCAUUCUACAUGUGCACAGGAGGCCAGGCUAUCCAGCUCUUCUGUAGUGAAGGUUUUGAGUUCAACCCUGAAGUGAGAGAAUGUGUCAUCAUUGCUGAAGGUGGUUGCACGCUCGGUUCUCAAACGACCCCAGCUGUAGAUACAACAACUAUUGCAAGUUCUGAACAGCCUGACACAACAACAGAAAGGGAUCCAGAUGACAUCCUACCUGAUGAUAGUAUUACUACUGAACAUGAAGUGACAUCUACCACACUGUCUACGACGAUCGAUGAUGGAGUGGGGGAUAUAACAACUACACCUAGUCCAGACAACUGGGAUAUUACGAAUACAGAUGCACCAAUAACUGCUACUCCUGAUUCCACCACAGUGCGUCCAACCACUACCACGGAGGCUCCCAUCUGUCUUCCAGGCGAAUUCGGCAACGUACCUCACCCAGACAGAUGCGACGCUUUCUACUUCUGCUCUGGCGGCAACGCUUUACUGUUCACUUGCAGCCAAGGACUUGAGUUUGAUCCUGAAACCAGGGCGUGCGUGCCGAUUGCUGAGGGAGGAUGUACGCUGAGUAAAACAACAACUCCUGAAGCUGAAACUACCACAGGAGGAAUAUCCACUACAACUCCUGGAGCUGAAACUACAACAGAAGGAAUAACUACUACAACUCCUGGAGCUGAAACUACUACAGAAGGAAUAACCACUACACCUCCAGGAGCUGAAACUACCACAGAAGGAAUAACUACUACAACUUCUGGAGCUGAAACUACUACAGAAGGAAUAACCACUACAACUCCUGGAGCUGAAACUACCACAGAAGGAAUAACCACUACAACUCCUGGAACUGACACUACCACAGAAGCAAUAAGCACUACCACUCCUGGAGCUGAAACUACCACAGAAAGAAUAACCGCUACAACUCCUGGAGCUGCAUCUACCACAGAAGACAUAACCGCUACAACUCCUGGAGCUGAAUCUACCACAGAAGGGAUAACCACUACAACUCUUGAAGCUGAAACAACCACAGAAGGAAUAACCUCUACAACUCCUGGAGGUGGCUCAACCACGGUAGCGGACACAACUACCACAGAGGCUCCUAUCUGUCCUCCAGGCGAGUUCGGCAACGUACCUCACCCAGACAGAUGCGACGCUUUCUACUUCUGCUCUGGCGGCAACGCUUUACUGUUCACUUGCAGCCAAGGACUUGAGUUUGAUCCUGAAUCCAGGGCGUGCGUGCCAAUUGCUGAAGGAGGAUGUACGCUGAGUAAAACAACAACACCUGAAGCUGAAACUACCACAGAAGGAAUAACCACUACAACUCCUGGGGCUGAAACUACUACAGAAGGAAUAACUACUACAACACCUCAAGCUGAAACUACCACAGAAGGAAUAACCAGUAGCACUCCCGGAGCUGAAACUACCACAGAAGAUAUAACCGCCACAACUCCUAGAGCUGAAACUACUACAGAAGGAAUAACCACUACAACUCCUGGGGCUGACACUACCACGUUAGCAGACACCACUACAACUACUAGAGCGGAAACUACUACAGAAGGAACACCAAAUACAACGCCUGAAGCUGAAACUACAACAGCAGGAAUAACCUCUACAACUCCUGGAGCUGAAACUACCACAGCAGGAGUAACCACUACAACUCCUGGAGCUGAAUCUACCACAGCAGGAAUAACCACUACAACUCCUGGAGCUGAAACUACAUCAGAAGGAAUAACCACUACAACUCCUGGAGCUGAAACUACCACAGAAGGAAUAACCACUACAACUCCUGAAGCUGAAACAACCACAGAAGGAAUAACCACUACUACUCCUGGAACUGACACUACCACAGAAGGAAUGAGCACUACCACCCCUGGAGCUGAAACUACCACGGAAGGUAUAACCUCUACAACUCCUGGAGCUGAAACUACCACAGAAGGAUUUACCGCUACAACUCCUGGAGCUGAAAUAACCACGAUAGUGGACACCACCACCACGGAGGCUCCUAUCUGUCCUCCAGGCGAGUUCGGAAACGUACCUCACCCAGACAGAUGCGACGCUUUCUACUUCUGCUCUGGCGGCAACGCUUUACUAUUCACUUGCAGUGAGGGAUUGGAAUUUGAUCCUAAAUCCCGGGCAUGCGUGCCAAUCGCUGAGGGAGGAUGUACGCUGAGUAAAACAACAACACCUGAUGCUGAAACUACCACAGAAGGAAUAACCACUACAACUCCUGGGGCUGAAACUACCACAGCAGGAGUAACCACCACAACUCCUGGAGCUGAAUCUACCACAGCAGGAAUAACCACUACAACUCCUGGAGCUGAAACUACCACAGAAGGAAUAACCACUACAACUUCUGGAGCUGAAACUACCACAGAAGGAAUAACCACUACAACUCCUGAAGCUGAAACAACCACAGAAGGAAUAACCACUACUACUCCUGGAACUGACACUACCACAGAAGGAAUAAGCACUACCACUCCUGGAGCUGAAACUACCACAGAAGGAAUAACCACUACAACUCUUGGAGCUGAAACAACCACAGAAGGAAUAACCACUACAACUCCUGGAACUGACACUACCACAGAAGGAAUAACCACUACAACUCCUGGAGCUGAAACUACCACAGAAGGAAUAACCACUACAACUCCUGGAGCUGAAACUACCACAGAAGGAAUAACCACUACAACUCCUGGAGCUGAAACAACCACAGAAGGAAUAACCACUACAACUCCUGGAGCUGAAACAACCACAGAAGGAAUAACCACUACUACUCCUGGAGCUGAAACUACCACAGAAGGAAUAACCACUACAACUCCUGGAGCUGAAACAACCACAGAAGGAAUAACCACUACAACUCCUGGAGCUGAAACAACCACAGAAGGAAUAACCACUACUACUCCUGGAGCUGAAACAACCACAGAAGGAAUAACCACUACAACUCCUAGGGCUGAAACUACCACAGCAGGAAUAACCACUACAACUCCUGGAGCUGAAACUACCACAGAAGGAAUAACCACUACAACUCCUGGACCUGAAAUAACCACGAUAGUGGACACCACCACCACGGAGGCUCCUAUCUGUCCUCCAGGCGAAUUCGGCAACGUACCUCACCCAGACAGAUGCGACGCUUUCUACUUCUGCUCUGGCGGCAACGCUUUACUGUUCACUUGCAGUGAGGGAUUGGAAUUUGAUCCUAAAUCCCGGGCAUGCGUGCUAAUCGCUGAGGGAGGAUGUACGCUGAGUAAAACAACAACACCUGAUGCUGAAACUACCACAGAAGGAAUAACCACUACAACUCCUGGAGCUGAAACUACCACAGAAGGAAUAACCACUACAACUCCUGGAGCUGAAACAACCACAGAAGGAAUAACCACUACAACUUCUGGAGCUGACACUACCACGUUAGCAGACACCACUACUACUCCUGGAGCUGAAACUACCACAGAAGGAAUAACCACUACUACUCCUGGAACUGACACUACCACAGAAGGAAUAAGCACUACCACUCCUGGAGCUGAAACUACCACAGAAGGAAUAACCACUACAACUCCUGGAGCUGAAACAACCACAGAAGGAAUAAGCACUACAACUCCUGGAGCUGAAACUACCACGGUAGCGGACACCACUACCACAGAGGCUCCUAUCUGUCCUCCAGGCGAGUUCGGCAACGUACCUCACCCAGAGAGAUGCGACGCUUUCUACUUCUGCUCCGCUGGCAAUGCUAUUCCUUUCACUUGCAGCCCCGGACUUGAGUUUGAUCCUGAAGCCAGGGCUUGCGUGCCAAUUGCUGAAGGAGGAUGUACGCAGAGUAGAACAACAAAUCCUGGAGCUGAAACUACCACAGAAGAAAUAACCAGUACCACUCCUGGAGCUGAUACAACCACGGUAGCCGACACCACUACCACUGAGGCUCCCAUCUGUGCUACAGGCGAGUUCGGCAACGUACCUCACCCAGACAGAUGCGACGCUUUCUACUUCUGCUCAGGUGGCAACGCUCUACUCUUCACUUGCAGCGAGGGAUUGGAAUUUGAUCCUGAAACCAGGAUGUGCGUGACAAUAGUUGAAGGAAGGUGUACGCAUGUUCAAAAGACGCAAGCGAAAUCCGCUGCCAUUUUACAAAAAUCCAGUAUAGACCAGUGGAAGACCACAGCAACCUUCACAUGCCCUGAUGACGAAGGUCACAUUUUGGCAGACCCUAGCACAUGUACAGCGUACUACAAAUGCAUCUCAGGAUAUGGUGUGAAGAUGUACUGUUCUGUAGGAUACGAAUUCGAUCACGCUACGCAGAAUUGUGUCCCCAUCGCUGAAGGAGGUUGCACAUACAACAAAAUGAAAUUAAUUCAAAACUGA